AUGCUCGACAAACUUCCAUACGAGAUAUGGGAAUGUCUUGCUCGUUUUUUGGCACAAGGUGACCGAGUGUCACUUACGUACGUCGGCUCAUCUGUUCGAAAGGCAAUUUCGCCAAUUAUCUACCAAAACCUAUUUCUAAAUGAGAAGCCGUCUGUGCUUAGUGAUUCAGAUCCUCUUCUAACGAAUUUUUGGUCUGUACUGAACAUUCGUCGAGCACAGUACGAAGAAGCAGACCAGAAAUUGACAGCGCUGAUUCGAACCUUGCGAGAGUCACAGCUUCUCAGCUCUUAUGUGGAGAUUAUUCAAUGUACCUGGCACCUAAAUACUGUGCUUAUAAAGGAGCUGCUAUGUGUCUUGGGGAUGCAGGCAGUCAACCUGAGGCAAUUCCGGAAUUUUUUGCGCAUUGAACUUAUUGAUCAGUUGGAAAUUUUAGGGCCACAAUUACAGUCUCUUGUUUUGCCACCCCCCGGUGUUUUACCGCAGGAGAAGGUUGAUCCAUUUUAUCUGCCCCGAAUUAUCAAAUACUUAUCGCGACACUCGCUCGAGAAUAUCACAUCGCUAAACAUAUUUAUGGACCCUGGCCUUUUCUUUGGUAAUGUAAAACCACAUUUCGGGAAGUUGCGGCUGAGGGAGCUAGAGUUAAGUCUGAGGGACGACAACUAUUCUUUAGAGUCUUUCAACAAUCGGAGAUUGAAGUACAGCGAUAUUUUUGACACCCGCUAUCUUGAGAAACUUACGAUUUUAUCAUGGUACGAAAACGACAACGUUGACAUCUAUAGAAAGUUUUUUCUGGACGAGCUACUGGCUUUCAAAAACCUCAAAGAGUUGACUUUCAUGUCAUUUUUCUUCAACGAUAGCUUUCUGCGAAAAUGUCUCCAAGCCUUCGCCCAGCUUCGGCGCCUAAAGCUUGAUUACAUGUUUAGUCAGCCAAUUCCCCAGAAUACCAUUGAAUUACUUGCUCGAAGCCCUUCACAAAAAACUUUGCAAUACCUUGACCUUAAAUUUCGUCCGUUGGACCCUUAUCUUAUUACCACCAACGACGGCGCUGCAUCCCACUUCGAAAUAAACUGCUCCUGUAAAUGUUCGAGGUGUCAAGAAGUCAUCAAAGACAUUAUUUACCAGAAAGUUUUUCCCACACCAGCUUCUUCAAAUAUCCGGAGCAUAGAAGAUAUCCCAAAGCGAGAUAUAAUUACCAGGAUAGUAUCAGUAUCCCCCAUAGUUCCGUACACCCAAUUCGUCGAUUCGCGACCAGGUCUUUCAUUUGUAGGCGAUCCAGUGGAAGAUGCUAGGCAAGUCAUCAAUGAACUGUUAGGAAGAAGUUUGUUGACCACGGGCGAUAUCACCAAAGUUUAUCAUGCGCACUUACAUUCGCUAAAGCGAACAUUCAAUUAUUUUCUGCAAAGAUUUCCAUCUCUAAGAUAUCUUACUGUCAAUGAUGUUCCCACGUCCGUUGAGGAAGGUCCCGGUGGUCAACUGUACAACAAACCCAUUUACCAUAGCCAGUACUAUGAAACCAAUCAGAUCUAUGAAGUAGUAGAUGAGGAAAAUUUGUUUGAUUGA